AUGCCUGUGCUGGAGGUGAUCUGCAGCCUGAUUGGCUGGUUCUCGCUCUACCUGUUGUUCUGCUGGACGUUUCCUCGUCGAGGACCCGAGUGGAACUGUCGGCUGGUCACUCUGUCUCACGGGGUCCUCAUAGUGCUGCUGACAGCUUACGUCAUCUUCAUAGACGGACCCUGGCCCCUCACACAUGCAGGUACAGAGAACACUGAGCUGCAGACUUUGUCCCUGGCCGUCUGCCUCGGCUACUUCCUCUUCGAUAUGGGCUGGUGUGUAUGCAAUCGAACCGAGGGUCCCGUCAUGCUGGCUCACCACGCGGCGAGCAUGGUGGGCAUCCUGCUGGCCUUGCUCAUGGGGGUGUCGGGCUGCGAAACCUGCGCGGUUAUCUUCGGCAGCGAGAUCACCAACCCCCUGCUGCAGACCCGCUGGUUCCUCGGCAUGGGCAUGUACGACAGCCUGCUGGGCGACGCCGUGGACCUGCUGUUCAUCUUUCUGUUCGCCACCGUGCGCGUGGGAGUGGGCACUGCGAUGUUUUACUGCGAGCUCACCUCUCCCAGGACAUCCCUCGUAAUGAAGCUGGGAGGCGUGGCGAUGUACGGACUGGCCUGGGUGUUCAUGGUGGACAUCGCCAAAUUCGGCUACAAGAAAAGUAAGGCCAAGUAUAAAAGAUGGCGAGAGAACCAGAAGCUGAAAGAAACGAAAACACCAGAACCCGAUGGACUUUCAAACAAGAGGGACUGAGGGGAAUCAUCCUAAAGAUUGUUGAACUCUGUGUUUACUGCCAUAAAGUUUUGAUGCUACAAGAAAAGAAACAACCUCGUCAGCCAUAUUUUUAA